CACUCAUAACAUCAGGGAAGUGGAGUGUUUGACGUAGCAGAGGGAAAACAAGGGAAUUGUUUUUAUGAAAGCCUCUUAAAGGAAUUGUCCUAGUUGGGUUACACAGGCUAGUACUAGCGUUAAUUUCGUUAACUCUGAGUGUUAACUUAACUAAAGUGUUUUAGAAGAAGAAGAAGUUUUACGAAGAGGAGGGUGAAGUAUUACGAGCUUCCUGAACUGAAGUAAAGCUAGGUAACCUAAAACCAACCGCCGCAGUGGACUGCGAGGGUGACAAACAGAGUUCAGGAAAAGGUUAACCAACCGCCCGGCGUAGUAAACUAUUUAAUAAAACAACUCUGAUUAACUUUUGGUAAAGGUUAACGGACUUCCGUGAUGUCUCUGGCCGACCAGAGCCAACAUUGGUACCCCACGAGUGUCCAGGUAACUGUGCACCAGGCUCGGAACCUGCGUACUAAGGGCAAGAAUGGCACCAACGACGCCUAUGCCAUCAUCCAGGUGGCCAAAGACAAGUUUUCUACCUCUGUGUCUGAGAAAUGUAUCGCUCCAGUGUGGAAAGAAGAGGCCGCCUUCGACCUGCCGCUCUUCCACCCGGGAAACGCUGACCGAUGCACGCUGCAUGUCACAGUAAUGCACCGUGCUCAAGUGGGGCUCGACAAGUUCUUGGGUCAAGUUGUGGUGAACCUGCUGGAUCUUCAUGACAACAACUCUACCAAAAAGACAGAUUGGUUCAAGAUGGUGGACAAGAGUGGAAAAGAGGACAAGGCGCGAGGGGAGGUGCUGCUAGAUAUCCAAUUUAUGAGAAACAACAUGUCAGCUAGCAUGUUUGACCUUUCUAUGCAGGACAAACCACGCUCCCGCAUCUCAAAGCUGAAGGACAAAGUCCGUGGGAAGAAAAAAGAUGGCUUCUCUGACUCCGCUUCAGCUAUUGUUCCCUCUGUCAGCAAGGUCUUCACAGACAGCGAGGGAGAGGCUGACGCACAGUCACUCAAUCAAUCUAAAGGAGUGAAAAAGAAAUCUAAACUCAAAACGCUCUUUGGUUCCAAAUCCAACUUGCAGCGUAACAUCUCACAGUCUAUGUCUACAUUGGGGGUUCUUCCAGAGAAGAACUCUUCUCUCAGUGGCAGUCGCUCAUCUGGCCUCAAUGUUGAGUCUCCUGAAGUUAAAAAGAAGUUCAAAUUCCUGGGACACAAGCGAACAGGCAGCUCUGACAGCAAGGUGUCUCAGGGUCCUUUCUCCCUACUGGGUCGAUCCAAACAGAGCAACAGUGACCUGAACAACCUGUGUAUCAACGGCAGUCAUGUGUAUGCAGAGGAGGCAGAGCCCAAAAGUGGAUCUACUCUUAGUCUGAACAGCUCAGGCCAAGGAUCUGUGGAGGAUGUCGGCAAACACACCUCUGAUGUCUCUGCAGAUUCCUUUAUAAGUGUCCCCUCAUACAAGCAUGAGUCUACAGAUGGGACAAUACUGGAGCAACAGCGCCAUCAAGAGGAGGAGGAGAGAAGGCAGACAGAAGACAGGCGCACAGCAGAGGCCAAGGGGCUGGAGGAAGACGAGAAAUACAAAGUAGAGGUCAGAAGACUGCAGGAGGAAGAAGAUCGCAGACAACAAGAGGAACAGGAGAGGAAGAGACGCUUCCUCGAGGAUGAAGCAAGAAGGAAGAAACAGGAGGAGCAAGAGAGGAAGCAAGAGGAAGCAGCAGAAACCCGGAGGCUCGAGGAGGAGCGUCGCAAAGCCGAGGAGCAGAAACGACAGGAGGAGGCCUCCAUGAGUGACAGGCUGUCGUCUCUGUUUGGAAUGAUCAGAAAGAAGGACGACAAAAAGGACGAGGUACAACAACAACCCAAAGAGGAGCUACCCACAACAGCCCCUCGCAGCAACUCAGGAGAUUCCGAUCAACCGAUCUCCCACCGCUCCACCAACCCGUUUGAGGACGUUUCCCUCAGCUCAGAUCUACCAGUUAGCAGUAAUGAAAGCCCAGCUGAUCGUCAGAAAUCCAGCCGCACCCCACAAACCCCCUCUACCAUGGGCUUCCUCAACCGCAAUGCCAAAGUAUCUGCAGUCAAACCCAGAUUUAUUCCAUCUCUGGAGUCUGAACCUGUUGACUGCCAAACACUCAGUCAGCGGUGUCCUUCCCCAGUCAGCUCUGAGUCCACACUCUCUAGUGUUCCACCUGAGUCCCCUGAUACUUUCUCCAGUAUCCACUCACCCCUGGCUCCACCAAACAUAAGUCAAAUCCCGCCUGGUUCUCCUCUGGGCAGCAUAGAGGAUUUGUCCUCUGUCGGAUCUUCACCCACCAUGGCGGAUAAGAAGAGAAGAGCCGCCAUAACACCCUCGUACACAGUACAUGGGACCCUUCCUGUCAGAGAGAUCACAAACCCUGCAUACGUAGAGGCAGAUGGACUGCAGCAAGGCAAAAGAAUGUCAGUACCACUUCCUGAUUAUGAAUCCCUAUUUCCUCAGAAGAGACACGGAGUACAAGGGCACACUCGAUGGGACCAUCUGAUUGCUGAGGUCAAUCAGAAACACAGGGACAGUGCUGAGAUGAGUGUGGAUGGCCCAGAAGAGCAUGGACCCAGUCUUAAGCCUUCACUCCCACAGGAGAGUCCUUCUGUGAAGCAUUAUCAACCCCAACCUCAGGAUACCAAAGCUAUGUCAUCAAAAAAAGCAGCAGCCCCAGCUCCCCCUAAAUCAAUCACACCUCCACAAUCUCAAUCAGUAGCAGAAUCCAGUCAAAGACAGAUCCAGAAUACUGCGCCAACAUCUCGCACGAGGCCUAAUGUGCCUGCAGUCCCGAGACCUGUAAACACAAUCAGAGAAAGUCCCUCAGUGAUGUCCAGGGAUGGAUCAAGGAAGGUGUUGCGCUCAUCACCUGCAGCAACGCAUGCUAGCAGACCAACUAGCCAAAUGGACGUGGAUAAAGUACCAUCAAAUGAUCAAAGACAAGUGCAAGUCACUGUGAUCAAAGAGGCCCCCACAGCCAAACCCAGACAGAGGGCUAGUGGCAAUGAGCCUGUGGAACAAGAAGAUUAUUUUGUGACACCAGUGGUCUCAGACAGACCCAUGAACAGUAACAUCCAAACAUCAUCUAUGGACAGUAUGGACACAAAAGGCAGGUAUGAAAUGGAGAACUUUGAGUUUGACCCAUUCCCCAGUACUGAGCUUCUUUCCAAAGACCAAUGGGCACCGCUGAAGCAGAACCAACAAGUAGAUGACCCUUUUACCAGCAGUGUUCAAAAAGAGAAGAAAGUGGAAGAUUGGGGAAUGACCUCAAACGAUCUUGAUACAAUCUUUGGUCAAGAGAAACUGACGGAUCCAUUUGCUGACGGCAGUGAUUCAAAGGAACACAGUGAGGACAUGAAAAAAGAUGAAGAUUCAAAGCAGGUCAGUCCUUCUUUCCAAAGAAAGAAUUCACACAGAGGGAAAAUGAUUCCGUCCACAACUCUCACGGAUUAUAAGACUCCCAAGUCUCGACAAGAACCCGCAUAUAAAGAAGAAACGACCAUAACCACAGCUAAUCAAGGCCUCUCUGCAAGAGGUGUCAGGAAUGAAUCUAUCGCACCGAAGCUUCCAGCUGAUUCGAAAAGCCAAUCUUACGUAGGAGAAGACCAAUUUGGAGCUGAACCUUUUGUCGUUGCCUUGACUUCUUCAGAACCCCUCCCGGUCAUACUGCAGGAACCGGCACCUCAGGCAGAGGAUUUGUCUGGGAGAAAGGCACCUUUGCGAUCAUGGGUCUCACCCUCUGAUGUUCAGCCUCUCAGUGCUCAGAAUAGCAAUGGAGGUGGGCUAGCCUUAACUCUACGCAGGCCUCAUCCUGUGAAGCCCAUGCAUUUAGAGAGCCAGCAUCCCAUCAGCACCCCUGCUGUAAAAGAGAUAAAGUUCCGUGACCGCACCCCAGGGAAGAUUCAGGGGGCAGCAUUGGUGGAAAGUGGCCCUUACACUCAGCUGACACAGGAAGAGUUGAUCACAUUGGUGGUGAGGCAGCAAACCGACCUGUCCCGGAAGGACUCUAAGAUCGUGGAGCUGGAGGAGUACAUCGACUGCCUGCUGGUCCGCGUCAUAGACGAGAAACCCAGCAUCCUGCAAUCUCUUGACUAUACCAAGCCAGUGUAAAGUAACGGCUGCUGAGAGUCCCACUGAAGGACAGUUAUGUUUGUUGUGUGCGUUUGUACUGUUGUCACUGUGAGACACAAUCUUUACGAAGGUCUUGGAGCAUAAUAUGCACUUUCUUAGUUUCAGAGUCAAAUUUAUUUGAGAAUGCUGGAGAAUUUGUCUCUGAAGAUAUAACAUUUGGUGACCAUCUAAUAACCAUAAAAUAAAACCCCUUUAUAUGAGCAAAUGAAUGUUUUGACACUAGGGUACUAGAAUUUGCUUUAAAAAAACAUGUUGCAUAAAAAUCUAUUCAACAUUUUGAUUUAUAUACCCUACUUGAUGAAGCUUCGGUUGAGCUUUAUUUAAUACACUAAUAAUGCAGAUACAAAUCUUUUAAAAACUAUUAUCUGGCCUUUUUUACUGUAACUUUUUGCUGUGCGAUGAAUGAUCAUAUACAUAACCUUAAAGCCAUUCCAAAUGAAUGCACGAUUAUUUAUGAGGUAAUAUUUCUCUCAUUUGAAUUAUGAUCUAAUGAGCUCAGUUAAGAUUAUUUAUGACAAGGACACAUUGACUUUUCCCCUCUACCACUGAAGUCCUAUUUUUAUUUUAUUUUUUUGUUCAUUAUUCUGAUCUUGCAUGUGUUUUUGUUUUUUUAACCAGACCAUUAAUAACAUUCCUCAAAUGUUUAACUCACCACAGUCGAAUGUCAGCUCAUCAUCCAGUCCUUAAAAACAUUUAGCCUUUCUUUGCUUUAAAGAGGUGUUAGUUAGAAAACCAGCAAUAAAUAAAAACAAGCCGCUGCUGUGUGUUCUACAUAGUUUGAAGCACACAGCAGGUUUAACAGUUUUUUCUUUCAUGUAUUUGUUAUUGUAUGUAACCUGUGCACAUAUUUUAAAAUAUUAUGUAAUCAAACUCUUCUAAUAAUAAUGUGAGAUUUUGAUCACUGUGAUGUUUGUGUUUUAUUUGUAAAAUGGAAACCAAGAGAUAAUCCAAAACGAAUCAGAGGAACUGUAAUAGACUCAGUAUCGGUAAUAACUACCCAGCCUUGUCUUUCUAUUUGAACUACACUCCUGAAUGAUCAUCUAUGCCUUUUUAUAUGACACUAUUAUGUUAUGUCUUAGCAGCAAUCAUAGCAAUAUUCGACUUCAGAAUGUACUGAGUGCCUUCAAAACCUUUUUCAUGACUUUUAUGUCUGAUUGGCAGGAUGGACCGUUGUUGGCUACCUCUCUUCUUAUUCUGGAGUGAGAGAUCAAAGAAUGUGCACAAUGUACAGCCUGAUGUAUUCAAUGAUGAUGAUGAUACUACAGUCCAUGUAAAACUUCUACAGGAAGGAAUGAUGAGCAAAAUAUGGUUUUAUUUGAAAUAAAGACACUUAAUACUUCA